AUGAUUGUCAGGUCUGCCGGCGCUCCAAAUUCCUGGAUCUAUACCAAGACGGGUGACCUUGGCAAAUACUCUGGUGUACAAGCGCUCAUGCCUGACCUCAAUGUGGGCAUGAAUAUCUUGGCAGCAGGAGUGCAUUCAGGUCCCCAGGCGCGGGUUACGGCAGAUAUCUUGGCCAACAACUUUAUUCCUACAUUCUGGGCCCAGGCCAAAGACGAGACCGAAUCUACCUACGCUGGUACAUACACGGAUCAAGACAAGAAUUCAACUAUUGGUGUUGCGACUGCAGAUGACGCCCCUGGUCUUGUAGUCCAACAGUUCAUUCUAGGCGGCCAGGACGUGCUGGCAGCCAUGGAGCAAUUGCUCAAGUCCAAAUUUACCCUCCGCCUCUAUCACAUGGGACUCAGCAUUCCAAGUUCUAACGGCACCAGCACGGAAUCCUGGCGCGCCAUCUUUGAAACACCGGCCUCCUUGUCUUUCCGAGUCAACAAGUUGUAUCUCCUGGUUCUUGCUCAACCAAUUCGUGUAUGGCGGUGUCGGCCUUGA